CGCGUGUGCUUGGUAAACAGCAGCAGCAGCUACUACGUCUUUGGGUGAUGGUGGCGCUCCUCCCCUCCUCCUCGCCCCGCAGCCUCUGAACUUGGAGCGCGGCGGACGGGGGGCGACAGCGGAUGCAGGAGCGAUCGGAAGGGGACGCGAUGGCAGUAGGGAGUCUCGCGAGAAGAAGAAGGAAGGGCCGCGAAUGAGACGGGCCGGUCGCUGUCACCGUGAUGUACGUGUCGUGUGAGAAAGGGACGCGUCUGCUGAGGCCGUUUGCCGGUGGCUGAGAAAGUGAGGCCCGCAGGAGUUGGGGCCGGGCAGCGCGUGAUGCCACUUCCAGAACCCUCUCCAAAUUUUGAUACUGUGCAUGUUUGUGUGCAUAUGCGCAGAGCAAUGAUGCUGUCCCAGUCAUUAUUGAUCUUUAAAUUGGUUUAAAUCUGCAGUCAUUUAAUGAAAUUUUUGAAUCCUUCACUGAAAACAAAAAUUAAACUAUGGAUGGUCCUAGCAGGGUCCGAAGCAGUCAAAGGAAGACUAGAAUAUCAAUGAAGAAGAGCUUUAGUGAAUGUGCACUGCCUCCCAUGAAGGUAUUCUUGCAGAGUCAAAAAGAAUUAUGCACAGUGUCAACAGAGGAGUUGAAGGAGGAGCAAGACAAUUUCAAUGAGGUCACAUUUCUGUGUUUUGCUGAUGAGACUGCUGUUGCUCCUAAGGAAUUGGCAGCCAUGUCUAUAGAGCUCCCGGAUCUUCUGAAAUCGCUCCAUUUGUGCAGUUUAAAUGAAAAUGAAAUUCUUUUUCUAAAGGAUAUACAUAAACCAUUAAGAACUACUGAUGUCCUUAAACAAAAGAAUCAUCGAUCACGAAUACUGUGUGUGAUGAGACUGUCUCCUUCACUUCCAAGAUUCAGAGUUGAUUCUGUUUUUACUUUGCUGAGCAAGUAUACUGCUGGUAUAAGAUGUACUGUGGAAAUGUACUUGUUGCAGAAGCAUCUGUCGGACAUAUCCCACACAGAGGAGGAUGACACUAAUCACUCAGUGUCAUCAAUUGAGGAUGAUUUUGUUACUGCUUUAGAACAUUUAGAUGAAGAUGAAUCUGCAAAGAUAAACUCUGGUGAAGUUACACCUGAGAAACAUCAAGAUGCUACUUCACAGACUAUCCCUGGUCAUCAUUUAGAAUCUGUUGAUCCAAAGAUUAAUUCCCUGCGCCGGAAGUCAACUGUGAAAUCAUCUGCUUCUCUAGUUAACAUCUUGGAACUUAAGGAAUUGUCAUCGUCUGUAAAAAGUUCAGUCACAACUUCUAUUUCGGAUCCUUGGAUACAGAGAAGUUUCUUCAGGCCACACAGUUCUUCUGAUCAAAGUCUUAACCUUUUACAUAAAACAUUGUUUUCUUCCUCUCCUGCUGAAUCAUCAGAGUCAGAUUGCUCUAGCCCAAGCCCUGUUAUUUUCUUAGAUGAAGAAGGGUAUCAAAGAAGCUUAAAGGCAAAGCUUCAGCUACCAAAAAUCCCAGUAAUGAAAGAUGGUAUAGAAGAUUCAGACUCUGAAGUAAGUGAAUUUUUUGAUAGUUUUGACCAGUUUGAUGAACAAGAACAAACCCUUAAAAGCAAUUCUAAACUUGUUCAGGAUCCUGUCCUUAGUAAUCAAUCCCAAAAGAAAAUGAUUUCAUAUAAGUCAUGCUGUACAACAGCUGCAACGAAUCCUCUAAAAUUCAAGUUUGAUCGUCCCACUCUUCCAGCCAAUGUAAGAAAGCCAACUCCUCGCAAGCCAGAAUCUCCAUAUGGCAGCCUCUUGGAUGUUCCAGAUUCUCCCCGUCCUGUGAAAACAUCAGGUGAAGACAGUGGAGGAUUGUUCAGCCCUAUCAGAUCAUCUGCUUUCAGCCCAUUAGGCGGUUGUUUUUCAACAGAGUGCCUUUGUCGAGUGGGUAUCAAUAAAGAUACUAUUAACCAAAACCACAAUUUACUUUGUCACACACACUCAGAUUUUGCAAAUAAUAUUUCCAUUGAAAUCCUGGGUUCUGUCUUUAGUUCUCGUUCAUCAUUAUGUAGAUAUGCACAGGAAGCUUCCAGCAGUAAUAGGACUGGCUCAAAAGAAGACAAAGGUCACACUGCAAAGGUCAAAGGGAAAACUGCUGGGAAAGAGCUAGAUAAGAAAUGUAAAUCUAAACACAAAUCAUUAAUGGUUAAAGACCACAUCCAGAAAUUUGCAUCAGAGCUUGUUGAGAAGAGUUUUGGCAGUGCUUUUAAAGAUCUUCAGAAAGGUGUUACUUCAUGUACUAAUGCCCUCUGUCAUUUAGCUGCUAAACUGACUACUUCAGUAUUUCAAAUGGCUUUUUAUGAGAUUGGGAGGCAGCAAGCCAUUUCAUUGAAGAAGAAAGCUAUUAAUGGACUAGCAGGCUUUUUGGUGAGUGAAGCAAUAACUGGUGCUUUAAAAGAGCUACAUUCUGUGAAGCAACAAAUAUUUACCAAUACAGUUGCAAAAUUUGCAGCAGACCUUGCUGAGGAACUUAUUUUUGAGGGAAUAAUGGAAGUAUGUCAGUUUUCACACCCAUUAACACCAACAGCUUUUCAAGACUGGUCCUUCCAGUAUAAUGAUAAAGUUGUACGAUCAUAUGCCAAAGACUUGUCUGAGUCAGUUAUUCAAGAGGCUUUCAUUGAGUUAUCUCAAGUUGAUGUGACCUUUACAUCAGAAGCAGCGAUUAGUAUUUCCAUGGACAACGUAAAGUAUGUAAGUGCAGAAAGUAUGUCGGCGUCAACUCAGACCUCCAGUGCUCACUCUGAGGUUCCUGAUAAAGUUCCAGUAGCUAUGAAUCCAGUACAGGCAUUUAGAAAGGAAUAUACGGUCCAUAAAGCCUUGUUCUAUACUUCUGGCCUUGCAAGUUCAAUUCCUGUGCCCUUAGCUGGAAGCAUACUUUAUCAGCGUCGUUCUUCAUCUGAUGACAUAAAGGCAAGGAUUCAUUCAGUGUUGGAUGACAAUCAGAAAGCAUACAAAGACUCUACACUGCUGUGUUAUGCAACAAAAAAGAGACAAGAUGAAGUAACAUCUCUCAGGAGCAUUUACCUGACAGCAGAUAACAGUCCAAGUAGUGAAUCUAAGGUACAUAUUUUAUGUAAGCAAAGUGAUUUUAAGCAAGCAAAUAAUCCUGAAGUCAGUAACAUAUCAGACUUAACCACUGGAAUACCAAGCAUUAGUAAUUUUUCUGGCACAAUGGUAGAUAUGAUAGUAACAGAGGCAUAUGAAGCAGUCACCUCUUCCAAAGUUUCUAAAACUGUAGAGCAAUACACGGAUAUAUUACAAACUGAAAAAAAGCCAUAUUUGCAAUGCAUUGGUGAAGACACCUGCAAGAAUGUGUUUGCUAAUUAUUUGGCCAAGCGAAUAGUAAAACAGUCUGUAGAUGAAUCAAAAUCUGCAUGUUCCGCUACAAGUGAGAAAUUAGCAUACUGUGUGGGAUUAGGGACUAAUCAAAAAAGCAAUAGAAAAGAAUUUUCUAGUGGAAUAAAACCAUCUGAAACAACAAAGAGUGUUCCAGUAAUUGUGGGGCAGCAACAGAUGCCCCUGAACAGCUCAUCUAAAUUUCAUGUAACUCCGCUUUAUUCUAAUAGAUGUUUGCUCUCAGACUGUAAAGACUCCGAGGAAAGAAAAAAACAUGUAGCUUGCAGGACUUCUACAUGCACAUCCCCUCCUUGUUCUGCUGUAUCUUUCAUAAAGCACAUUGAAGACUUAUCAGAUUCAGAAAGUUGUUCAGUCAAAUCCUUAAGUAAUCCACUAGAAAAGCACAAAGUGUAUAAAGCAGCAGGAUGCACUGCAUUUGCUUAUGAAAGAGUUCUUGACAUGAAUACCCUCACUUCUGUGAUGUCAAACUGUGAUGAUGCAUUUCAAAGAGAAGAUAAAUCGAGCAUUAGAGAUGGGAAUGUGUGUGUAGUGCCAGACACUCCACCACCAACCCCUUUAACACCAUCCCAGGCUGGUUCUGAGUGGAAUUUAAGAAAGUUAACAAAGAAACUUAAAGGUGAACUAGCAAAGGCGUUUGCACCUGCUACACCCCCAUCCACACCUUACAGAUCAGAAAUGGAUGGAAUCUAUGAAAGUGAACAUCCCUACUUAGAAAAGGAAGAGUUUAUGUUGAAACUGAUGCGGUCUCUUUCUGAGGAAGUUGAAAGCAGUGAAGAUGAAGAGCGUUCUGAAACACAGGCAGAGAGAGUUAAAGCACCAGUAAGAACAAUAGAGUAUGCAGAUCAUCUAGCUACUCAUAUAAUUUCUGUGGCAACUGAAAUGGCUGCUUCGCAUUUAGUUGACAAAACAGUUCAAAUGGAGAAUAAACAUUUUCAGCGAAGUGUGAAAGACAAAAGAUGUGGGUAUACUGCAAUUAGAAAUGUUCCAGAAAAAACAUUAAAUUCAUUGUGGGUUUAUGCUGGUGAUACGGCUGGAAAGAUUGUUAGUGAAGCUAAGAAAAUGGUCAAAUCAAGACAUUGCAAGUUUUUGAGGGUGAAGCAAGGUAAUCAUCAGGCCGAUGGUUUUCGUUUUAAAAGAAACCAUGAUGAACAUUGGUCAAAAGGCAGGAAGCAUCCCUUGGCAGAUCAGUGGUCUAGAGAAACAGACUCUUCUGUACUUUAUUUACCUCAGAGUUCAGAAGAUCCAGGCCUCACCUCCAAAUAUCCAAGUUGUGAAAGUGUAACUGAUGAAUAUGCAGACCACAUUAUUCGGAUUCUGAAAAGAGAAGGUGGUCACAGUGAAUUAAUAAUGGAUCAAUUUGCCAGUAGGCUUGCUUACAGAUCUAUCAAAUCUGGUAUGCAGCAAGCGGCCAGGAAACUCAAGGCGAAGUAUACUAGAAAAAUAGCUCCUGCCCAAAGCUCAAAGAUAAACAGUAAGUUUGAGCUAUUUGAGACAGUAAACAAGAAUACAGAUAAAGAUAUAAAAAAACAGAAAAAAGGUUACAUUUGUCAAAUUGGAAAGCAGGGCUAUGAGAAUAAAUGCAGCAAACACAGAACUGAGUGUACAAAGUUAUUAGAUUUCUCAGAAUCCCUUGCUCAUAGUAUAACAUCUGACGUCAGAAGAAAAUUAAAAAUGUCAGCAGCUUGUUUGCCAAAAUCCUUAACUGACUCUUGUCUGUAUAAAAAAUCUAAGGUUGAUAAAGUCACUGAUCUUACGUCAUUUUCUAAAACAUUUCCGCCAUUCAGUUGCAAACAAAAGCUCUAUCAUAGCACAGGGAGUUUAAAUGAACAUACCUACAGAGACGGUAUUAUUCAUGCCAUAGAACAAUAUGCUAGGAAGGUAGUAGAUGACACUUUAGAAGUAAGCUUGGAAUCUGCUACUCUUCAGACUACCGAAAACUGGACAAAUGGAGAUAGGUCAACAUAUACAGAAAAGUUGUCUCCAUUUUCUGCAACUGCUUGUAGAUACUGCAGUAUGAAGGAGCAUCAGUACUGUACAGGGCGUUCAUCUUUGCACCUGCCUGGACAAGAACUCUAUUCUAAAGUUCAUCAGGUUCCAAAUUCAAGACUAGAAGGCAUCUGUCCAAAAUCUUACAUUCUUCCCCUGGAUAUUCCCAAAAUUCAUAUCGAUAUGGAUGAGAAAGUAGUAUUUGCUGAAAAUGUGGUUGCUACAGCUUUUGACAAAGCGGAGAGGCAGCUUAGUAACACAAGUUUGGCAGCUGAUAGUGGAAUUGGCCAAGAUGGAAUCAGCCUUGCUGAAAGCCUUACAACAGAAAUAAUGACUUCCUGUAUGACCAACAUGGGUCAGGCUGCCAACAUAAGUUCUGUGGGAAAAGAGGGAUUUAAUUCUGCCGAAUCCAUAGCCAGCCAGCAGAUGAGUCUGAGCACUGGUGAUGACAGCACUGGUAGUUGGUCUAAUCUGAGUUUUGAAGAUGAACAUCCUGAUGAGAACAGCAGCUUUCUCCACCUCAGUGAUAGUAAUGGUAACAGCAGUAGCUGGAGCAGUCUUGGUUUAGAAGGAGAUAUGUAUGAGGAGAAUUUGUCAUUUCCAACAUCAGACAGUGAAGGAACAGAAGAUAAUGAGGAAGAGCUCAAGGAUGCCACUGAAGGCUUGCGACACACAGGAAAGGCACUGCUAAUUGUAAAUGUUGACAUAGGACCAUGCAUGGUGGAUUCCCAGCUGAGAACAGCACUGCAGUGGCUUUCUGCUUCAGAAGCAGAGGUGGCUGAACUUCAUUUUUAUGAUGAUUCUCCAAACGAGUUUGUUCUUCUUUCAAAUAAAUUGCAGGAGAGAGGCUGGAAAGUGGGAGACCUCUUUCAAGCAGUGCUGAAGUACUGUGAAGUAAUGGAAAAGGCUACUGAUGGGGAGAGAGCUCUGGAAAACAAAACGUUCUUUGGAUGGCUUGAGGAUCAUGUCUGAAUACCCAAAGAUAUAUUGUGGUUUUCACUUCACACCUCCUUUGGAAGGAUGGAAAUGUAUAUCAUACACUUCAACUUGUGGAUGUACUGUUGUCUGCAUUGUGAGAAACGUUGGGGUGAAAGUAAAUGUGGCUGUGCUGUCAAGUGCUUUGUGAGGCUCUGUAUGUUUUUUGUCCAGUGCAUAUCUUCAUAAUGAGUAUCUGCAUUCAGUUUGUCCACAUAUACUUAACAGCUAUGCCUGUUGCAACAGUGUGAAUGAUGAAUUUGUCAUGUGUUAAUGAAGAAUCUUUAGCAAGCUAGGACAAAAGUUGUGUCUCCUCAGUCAAGCAUACUUUUUCCUCUAUUUCCUCACCUGCUUUUCCCCUCUCUGUUCUCUUUUUAUUAACCCCUGCAAAGUAUCCACUGAUAACUUACCACUACUAUGUUCUCCAGAGUGGGGCAGGAUUGGGGACAUAUUUAUUUCUUGUUGUGUCUCUGCUGCCUCUAAGGCACUUAGAGCAACCAGGGCAGUCUGUCUGAAAAUGUAAACAGCAUAGGACCAAAAGGAUUUAGUGGUGGUGGUUUGUUUUUGUGAUGGUGAGAGGGGGGCACUAUUUUGAAAGCUACUGUGGCUUCUAAAACAAUGGAUGUCCUUUCUUCAAAACUGAGGGAGGUGAUGGGAGGUUGUAUUUCUUGUAAAUUAACAAGCCUGUUCUCAAUUAGAGCUGAUAACUUGCUUGCCAGAAUACUGGACUGUCAUGUACCUGAAGUGUGUAUCCAUGUCUCUUUCUAGAUCAGCAUAUGCUUGGUAUAGAAUAAGAGUCAGCAACUAGUAGCCCCUUAAGGAAUGUUGCCUGAUCCACCAGUAGCCAGUGCAGGUUGCUUCUCUUUGGCUUGCCCUGCCUUGUCUUGUCGUGGUGGGACAGGGUGGAGAGGUCCAAACAUGUAACACUGGCACUCUGUGUUUGAACUCCCAAUGCUUUUGUUUGGUUUUUGCCUUCAAAAAUCAGCUAGGAGGGCUGUUUGGAUCAGUGCCUGGGUGAGAAGGAAUCCUCACCAGCACCAGCAGCUUUUUGAAGAAAAAGAAAAUACACUGGGAGUGCUGCAAACAUGGAGCAUCAUUAAGAGUAGUUUGGUCCAGAGGCCAUAGGAGUUGCAAGGGGCUGGUGGAAAAAGCCUUUCUUUUCUUUUCAAAAGGGCCAGUCAGCAAGCUGUAUGUCUCUGAGAAAGGAUUAACCUUUCAUUGUCUGUUCAAAAUAGCCCUCCAGGAAAUCUAGUUGCUAAUUAAGUAAGCAAAGAUGGAAGAACUUGACAUAUACUGUAUACUACUUAAAAGGCUGUCUGAAGGAUUAUUGACAUCUACCACUGAUGUCAGAAAAAGGGCAUAUAGACAAAAGUGAACGGCCAUUGCAAAUUUCCGGUAGCUCAAAUUCAUAGUAGCAUCUUGAUGAUUUUUAGUUACCUUCUUUUUAGAUUUCCACAAGUCUUUACAAGAGGCAUUGAACUUUUAAAAUAAUGAAAAUUACCUUUUACCAGGGACAUACAGACUGAUGGCUCCUUCAAACCAACUUCAAAAUAUUAUUUGUGGUUUUGUUUUUGGAUGCCAUCUCUGAUGCCAGUUGAAUAAUCUAUUGCUCUUCAUAUGUGCUAGUUAGGUUUGUUACCCCACUAGAGGUCCUUUCACUAUCAUCUCAUUAAUUUAAAGAGACUUCUUGAUGCCUUGCAAUGAAAUGUUGAGAAAAUGUCCAGGCUGCAAGUCAAAUGGAUAACCAUGAAGGGGCUCACAAAUUCAGAACUUUUAUCCAAGUUGCAUUCUUGAAUUCCUGUUCCCUCAAAAUAUUUUCUUGUAUCUUCAGAUACAGUUGUAUUCAUAGAAGUGCACCUAUGGUGGUUUUUUUGUUUUUUUGUUUUUUAAUGUAGUAAGUAACAAUCAGAAUUAAUAUAAACUGAUGCUGGGACCCAACCUGGUAUCUGUGGUUCUAAUUUUAAAUGUUUUGGGAUGGCGAGAGAUUAUAUACCAAUGGGACUUAACACCCUCCUGUUUCAAUGAUUGCUUUCCUUACCCCACCCUCCUGCCUGCUAUAGCAAACAAGACAACACAAUUUGCACCAUACAGCAAAUGACCUGCCGGUCCCCCCCAAAAGUAAGGUUCCCACUGCUUUUGGAACCAUCUGAUGUGAGAUACCUAGGGUUGCUAUUUUUAAACUGGCAGGGCUCUAGUGCCUUUAACAGCUGUAUGACAAACAGAAAUUCAGCAAGUCUGUCUCUCUCUUUUUUAACCCAGUAAGCAGUUGCAGAUGAUGGGGCAGUGAGAGGGAAUUUAAUCUUGCUGAAUUAUUCUGGUUAUAUACAAGAGGCUUUCUCACUGCUCUGAGUUUGUAAAGUGAUAGGUGUGAUCUCUGGAUUGGGACCUGACCAUUCAAUCUGUUAACUCAGGCUUAUACUACAAUAGAAGUUAUGUCAACUGGUAGCACUCAAAGAGUAGCUAAGAAAAAUCUGGAAUCUUUUCACACUGAAAAUGUAUUGUGACAAGGUAGAACUUAUUGCAUUGCCUCAGAAUGCCAUGUUUACAAUGCCUGCACUGUCAGAAACAUAAGAAUUAUUAAUCUAUCAAUAGUUAUGCUUUAUAAGUGAUGUCAGGAAGCAUAUCUGAUUUUUAAUUUUGGAAGUACUGCCCCAGGACCAAUGCUAUAUCUUUACUAAGUAAAUUUUAUUUUUGACCUUUCUGUUUAUAGCCCCAUUCAGAUGCAGCCAUCCCCCACCCCCACCACUCAAGGUUACAGUGCAGAAAGUGCAUAGGAAGUCCCGCCCCACCACUGUCACUCACCCCCUCUCUAGCCCUCACAGUUACAGCAGCAACUUUCUGUAGAGGGGUCCACUGUAACUGUGAGGGAAGGCGCUUCUGUAGAUCUCCCCAGGCUGCUGAUCACAGAAGUGUCUUCCCUCAUGGUUACAGCAGAUCCCUCUGCAGACUAGACUACCACUUCGGUAAUUGUGAGUGGCUGGAGAGAGGAAGUGAAUGACAGCAUGUAGGUGGGACUUCCUACCCACAUAGCCAUGUAGGACCCAAUCCAGACUGAAACCACAGCACAGAGGUAGAGUGUUCUACCCGUUUAAUUCUGCACUGUUUUCCCACUGAAAAUUGUCACCCCACCAGACUGCAGUGGACUCCAGACGACACAAUUUACUGCAAUUACACUUUCAUAGCAGCUGUGAGAAGAGCAAUUCUGAGUGUGGAUUUAAAGAAUUAUAAACACCCUCUGCUUCUGCGCCAUGGUCCAGUUUGGGCUUCAUGACCAGCGUUUUAAAAUAAAAUAAAAAAGUCUCCAUGCAUUUAAAGAGCCAUCUUCUAGUUUGGCUCUGCUUCUUGUAAACCCGGGGGAAUAGGGGGCAACGCUGUAGUACUGAUGUUGCACUCCAGCAUAUACAGAAAUAGACCCAUUUAGUUUACUCCUAGUAGGAAUAGAAGCUUUAAUGCUAUCCAGGAGCAAAGUGCUACUGACUGCUAGUUUCUCUACCAUUUCACCUUCAUUCAGAUUAUGGCAACUCACUCAGCUUUAUUUUUGAGCCGUAUUUGUACAUUCCUGUUAUAGCUGGAGUUGUCUUCUAGGCAGUUUUGUUCUGUGGUAAUGUUUGAAUAUUAUUUAAUGUCCGAGUUUAUGAUUAAUUCAUAAAGUAGAAAUGCAGUUGAUUUGAUUCAGUGGUGCGGAAUUAUGGCAAUUCACAGCCUGACUUAAUCCUGAGCAAAUAUUCUUGGAAGUAAAUUGUACUGAAAUCUGUGGAAGCUACUUUUAAUAAAAUGUGGUUAGGGUUUUGGUGCCGUCCGGCACUUAUUCAUGUGUAGUGGUGUAUAUAUAUUUGCCCCUCGAUUUAGCAUGGCUUUUAUUCUUUAAGCACCCAUGCCCCCCAUAGCUGUGAACUGUGAAAUUGGGUGUUUUCAUAGGGAAUGUGGCUGCUAAUUGGUAAAGGGCCCCACCCCAGCUACAUACCAUGAAGGUGGCUAGGCAUGGGUUCUUCAACCCUUUCCUCCACAAUAGCAGUGUACUCUGAGAGGAAGUCAAAUGACUUUCUUUGGCACCUUAAUCUGACUGGGGUUCUGUGCCUUUAAUAGCUGUUACAGAUAGAAAUUUAGCAGGUUAUGCGACAAAUGAAGUGUAUUUUCACCUGUUGACUUUCUGCCUGAAAUGCAGCUGUUACACAGAAGCCCUGCCGGGGAGCGGAAGUGGUAUUGGAGAACAGAAAGGGAGGAAAUAAUUAAACAUCCCCAACUGCCUUCCUCGUGGGGCUCUGAAUCUUGGUUCCCAUAAGUAGCCACAUACCCUCAGAUGAGGAGGAUGGCUACCAGAGGCACACAUCUGUGAGGCGGUAAGGAUUAAAGAGCUUCAGGAUCAUGUCCUCUGAGAAGGGCAGCUUGGGCAAGAAUCUUUAAUCCUUUCAAGCAGCUAUAAUGGAUUGUGAAGAAGUCCCCUCCCCUGACGAUACUGGGAAGGGUUAAAGAGCUUCAGGCCUACACUAAGGGGAGGGUAAAGCUUAGUCUGAACAGCCAGUCCAGGAGCAAGUUGGUUCAUCUUUGCAGCUGCACCACACUUUGGUUAUUAGCAUUGUAAGAUUGCUUCUCAUUCUCUGCUUGUCCUACAUGGAAAGCACAGGAAGUCACGUUUGCAUAUCUUCCCAGUACAUAGAGGCACAGCAACAUCCAUGUGUUUGUGAUAGACAUCUGUGUGGAACUACACACAGGUUCCACAUGAAUCUGUUCUGUGUAGGGAAUCCAUCACAUGCAGGGUUGCCCUUAGUAUGUCAGUUAUAAACUAAAACCAGUUUGAAUAAUUAUAGUUGUUUUAUAUAUUUACCUGUCCUAAAUGAAAACAACAUGAAGGUCUUUCACUGUGUAACAGUGACGUUUUGCUUUUAGAAAUGUGGUGAUAUGGUUAGUUCCCAGAUGUGAAUUUCAGGUUGCACUAAAUUUGUCCUCCUUUUUAGCAGUAUCUGAAAAUAAACUGAAUAAACAAA